UUGGGCGAGAGCAGGAACGUGGAACGUAGCUCCGAUCCCAGCGCAGCCACCGCGAUGAGAGGCGCUCGCGGCGCCUGGGAUUUUCUCAGCGUCCUGCUCCUCCUGUUCCGCGUCCAGACAGGCUCUUCUCAACCAUCUGUGAGUCCAGGGGAACUGUCUCUACCAUCCAUCCACCCAGCAAAAUCAGAGUUAAUAGUCAGCGUUGGCGACGAGAUUAGGCUGUUAUGCACCGAUCCAGGAUUUGUCAAAUGGACUUUUGAGACCCCGGGUCAAUUGAGUGAGAACACACGCAAUGAAUGGAUCACAGAGAAAGCCGAGGCCGCCAACACAGGCAAUUACACGUGCACCAACAGAGAUGGUUUAAGCAGGUCCAUUUAUGUGUUUGUUAGAGAUCCUGCACAGCUUUUCCUCGUUGACCUUCGCUUGUAUGGGAAAGAAGACAAUGAUACGCUGGUCCGCUGUCCUCUGACAGACCCAGAGGUGACCAAUUACUCCCUCAAGGGGUGUGAGGGGAAGCCUCUUCCCAAGGACUUGACGUUUGUCGCUGAUCCCAAGGCUGGCAUCACGAUCAGACACGUGAAGCGCGAGUAUCACCGGCUCUGCUUGCACUGCUCUGCAGACCAGAAGGGCAAGUCCGUGCUAUCGAUGAAAUUCACCCUGAAAGUGAGGGCAGCCAUCAGAGCUGUCCCGGUUGUGUCGGUGUCCAAAGCAAGCUCUCUUCUUAGGGAAGGGGAGGAAUUCUCUGUGAUGUGCUCGGUAAAGGAUGUGUCUAGUUCUGUGGACUCCAUGUGGAUCAAGGAAAAUAGUCAGCAGACUAAUGCACAGACUCAGAGUAAUAGUUGGCAUCAGGGUGACUUCAAUUUCGUACGUCAGGAAAGAUUGACUAUCAGCUCAGCAAGAGUUAAUGAUUCUGGAGUAUUCAUGUGUUACGCCAAUAAUACUUUCGGAUCAGCGAAUGUCACAACCACCUUGGAAGUUGUCGAUAGAGGAUUCAUUAAUAUCUUCCCCAUGAUGAAUACUACAAUAUUUGUAAAUGAUGGAGAGAAUGUGGAUUUGAUUGUUGAAUAUGAGGCAUAUCCCAAACCUGAGCACCAGCAGUGGAUCUAUAUGAACAGAACCUUCACUGAUAAAUGGGAAGAUUAUCCCAAGUCUGACAAUGAAAGUAAUAUCAGAUAUGUGAGUGAGCUUCAUCUAACCAGAUUAAAAGGGAACGAAGGAGGCACUUACACAUUUCAAGUGUCCAAUUCCGAUGUCAAUUCUUCUGUGACAUUUAAUGUUUAUGUGAACACAAAACCAGAAAUCCUGACUCAUGAAAGUCUCGUGAAUGGCAUGCUCCAGUGUGUGGUAGCAGGAUUCCCAGAGCCCACAGUAGAUUGGUAUUUUUGUCCAGGAACUGAGCAGAGGUGUUCCGUUCCUAUCGGGCCAAUGGAUGUGCAGAUGCAAAACUCAUCUGUCUCACCGUCUGGAAAACUCGUGGUUCAGAGCUCCAUUGAUUACAGCACAUUCAAGCACAACGGCACGGUCGAGUGUAGGGCUUACAACAAUGUGGGCAGGAGUUCUGCCUUUUUUAACUUUGCAUUUAAAGAACAAAUCCAUCCCCACACCCUGUUCACACCUUUGCUGAUUGGUUUUGUGAUCGCGGCUGGUAUGAUGUGCAUUAUCGUGAUGAUUCUUACCUACAAAUAUUUACAGAAACCCAUGUAUGAAGUACAGUGGAAGGUUGUUGAGGAGAUAAAUGGAAACAAUUACGUUUACAUAGACCCAACACAACUUCCUUAUGAUCAUAAAUGGGAGUUUCCCAGAAACAGGCUGAGUUUUGGGAAAACUCUGGGCGCCGGUGCCUUCGGGAAAGUGGUUGAGGCUACUGCAUAUGGCCUCAUUAAGUCAGAUGCGGCCAUGACUGUGGCCGUUAAGAUGCUCAAACCAAGUGCCCAUUUAACCGAACGAGAGGCCCUGAUGUCUGAGCUCAAAGUCUUGAGUUACCUUGGUAAUCACAUGAAUAUUGUGAAUCUUCUUGGAGCAUGCACCAUUGGAGGGCCCACCCUGGUCAUCACUGAAUACUGCUGCUAUGGUGAUCUUUUGAAUUUUUUGCGAAGAAAACGUGAUUCAUUUAUUUGCUCAAAGCAGGAAGAUCACGCUGAAGUGGCACUUUAUAAGAACCUUCUGCAUUCAAAGGAGUCUUCCUGCAAUGAUAGUACUAAUGAAUACAUGGACAUGAAACCCGGAGUUUCUUAUGUUGUGCCAACCAAGGCAGACAAAAGGAGAUCUGCGAGAAUAGGCUCAUACAUAGAAAGAGAUGUGACUCCCGCCAUCAUGGAAGAUGACGAGUUGGCCCUGGACCUGGAGGACUUGCUGAGUUUUUCUUACCAGGUGGCCAAGGGCAUGGCAUUCCUCGCCUCAAAGAAUUGUAUUCACAGAGACUUGGCUGCUAGAAAUAUCCUCCUUACUCAUGGUCGAAUCACAAAGAUUUGUGAUUUUGGUCUAGCCAGAGACAUCAAGAAUGAUUCUAAUUAUGUGGUCAAAGGAAACGCUCGGCUGCCUGUGAAGUGGAUGGCACCUGAAAGCAUUUUCAACUGUGUGUACACAUUUGAAAGUGAUGUCUGGUCCUAUGGGAUUUUUCUGUGGGAGCUGUUCUCUUUAGGAAGCAGCCCCUACCCCGGGAUGCCAGUUGAUUCUAAGUUCUACAAGAUGAUCAAGGAAGGGUUCCGAAUGCUCAGCCCUGAGCAUGCACCUGCCGAAAUGUAUGACAUCAUGAAGACUUGCUGGGAUGCUGAUCCCCUAAAAAGGCCAACGUUCAAGCAGAUCGUGCAGCUCAUUGAGAAGCAGAUUUCAGAUAGCACCAAUCAUAUUUAUUCCAACCUAGCAAACUGCAGCCCCCACCAGGAGCGUCCUGUGGUGGACCAUUCUGUGCGGAUCAACUCUGUGGGCAGCAGCGCAUCUUCUACCCAGCCUCUGCUGGUUCACGAAGAUGUCUGAAGCAGGAGGCGUGCCGGGGGAGGGGGGGGGGUCCUCCCCCAACAGGAACGAUCCCUGUUCUUUUGGUUUCUAUACUGGUUGUUUUGUUCUCCUUCAGCUUGCAUCCUAUUCCAGAGUAGUAGACACGCCGCUGUAAUCCUGUCUUGACGCACACACUUUAGUGGCCAGUGAUUUUUGUUACCAGCCACCAUCCCUUUUAAGAGUUCAGACUGCAUCUUCUACUCCCCAGAGCCAGGCAGCCCCCAUUAAUGAAAACAAAAUAAUAAUACAGACUUGGGAGCAAGGGAGGGUGGGAUGGGCUGGACACCUUGAGUCCUUACCAAGACUUCUCCGAUUUGUUUGAAAAGCAUCGCUGAUAGUUUAUUUGAAUAAAUGGCAGUAGUCACCUUCGGGCCUCCUAACCAUCCAUAAUGAUACGAUGAUGCCGCAAGAUUAGAAGCUGAAACCUGAUCUCUCGAUGUGGAACAUGGAAUGUUAUUAGAACAAAGGGCAGAAGUCUAUGAAUAUCUGGGCUUAAGAAAUCUACUAUUUCAUGCUGGGAAUGAGACAUAGGCCAUGGAAAAAUGCUCCCCAAGCAUGAAUAAAGACACGCUGCUGGGCAUGAGCCUUUGUGCUACUGACCGGGUUUGUAAAUAGCUUUUGCCGUUAGGACGCUGAAUUGGAGAGAAGGCCUCCCCAGCCAGCAUUUGUAUAUACUCAUCUAUACAUCGUACAUGUUCGUAUAUUUGAGGGGGGGAAACCCACACGGUGUCAUUUCUGGAUACGACCCUGGCUCAAGUCUGCUGUGUGUAGAAAUAGAUGAAGAGCCAGACAAGUUUGAAGGAAACAGUAUUUUCUGUUUUGUUUUUAAAGAAAAAAACCAUAAUUGCCAAGCACAAUCUUAACAAAAAUCUUUUGUAGCCUAUGAACUUGCUCCCCAGAUUCUUCAGAACAAGCCUACCAGCUUCAGAAUGGCAUUGUGCUCAAUGGAUUCAAUGCCAUUGGAAAAAGUGACUGAUUCACUGCAUGACUCCCGCAGGAGGGACAAAACAAUGCUGUUUUAGUUUGGAUUCUUCGGUAGCCAGAAAUUAAAUUUAGAUUCAGCCUCCUCUGCAGGCAUGUCCUGGACGCCGGGCCAGUACCUAUAUAAGAGUGUGUGUGUGUGUGUGUGUGUGUGUGUGUGUGUG